GAAUAUCAGCAGAAGAAUAACCCUGGAGCAGCUGCAGGAACUAAGAAAAAGCGCAGAACUAAGGAGGAUGGUAGACCUGAGACCCCCACCAACGAUGAGCAGCAGCCUCCAGAGAACAUUCAGAACAUUCUGAAGGUGCUGGUGUCAGACCUUAACCGCUCCAAUGGGGUAGCCAUACCCUCAUUGGACAAGAGGAAGGCGCACUUUGGCGGUGACGCUGCCGCCCGUAACGCUGACCAGCUCGCUGCCGACGCCCCUGUGCUCCCUAACAGCAGCAGCCUGCCUGGCUCUGCUUCUGCUCUGCCUGCUCCUGCCAGCAUGCAGCUGACACAGAUUCAUGAAGCUGAGGAUCAUAAAAAUGCUUUGGAUGAGAACAGGUCUUUAUCAUCAACAGAAAGCCUCCGCCAGCUGUCUGAGCAGCUCAAUGGCCUGGUUUCUCAGUCCACGUCAUACGUGAAUGGGGAAAGCGCCGUUCCCUCCACAAACAUCAAGGAAAUGGAAACACGUUACCAGGAGCUGGCAGUAGCCCUGGAUUCCAGCAAUCUAACUAACAAACAGCUCGUUACAAAGAUAGAGGAAUUGAAACAGCAGAACCAAGAAGCAGUGAAUCAGCUGGAGAAGGAAAAGAAGGAGUUUGAACAGAAAUUUUCUAAAGAGCAAGCAGCACUGAGGGAGCAGCUGCAGGUUCACAUCCAGACUAUUGGAAUUCUGGUGUCUGAGAAGUCUGAGCUGCAGACAGCCCUUGGACAUACUCAGCAAGCUGCACGGCAAAAAUCAGGAGAAGCUGAGAGCCUGGCUGCUCGUUUGCAUUCCUCUCGCCAGCGGGUGUCGGAGCUGGAGCGGACGUUGUCCUCCAUCUCCAUGCAGCAGAAACAGUCAGAGAAGCAUAAUAAAGAUUUAGUGAAGGAGAGAGACAACCUGAAACUGGAACUGUACAAGCGAAGCAAAAGUAGUGAGGAAAUAAAGCAGCAGAAUUCGGAGCUGUCAGAGAAGGUUCACUCCCUGGUCUCCCAGAACUCGGCUAUGAAGUUGGAUAUGGAGGAUUUACACAAGAAACUGGAAAUGGCUGAACUCAUGAUUCAGCAGUUCUCAAAUCAGGCAGGGAGCCUGGAUGCAAACCAGCAGUUGCAGAUGGCAGUGGAGGAGAAGAUGAGCCUGGAAACCCAGGUUGCUCAGCUCUCAGAGUCACUUCACCAGCUCCAAGCAGAAAGAGAUCAGUAUGUAGAGAAACUGAAGGAGGAGGGGAGCAUUUGGCAGCAGAGGGUACAGCAGCUCUCUGAGCAGGUCCACACAAUGGCAGGGGAGAAGGAGAAGCAUAUGGCCCAAAUUCGGGAGCUGGAAGCCCAUGUUACAGAGCUGCUGAGCAAAUCAGCAGUUAAGCCCAUGGAUAUUGAGCCUGCCCCACCAGCAGGGCCCACAGCAGCGGAGCUGAGUCUGCAGGAAGAGAUCCAGAGGCUGCAGCAGGAGAAGGAGGAGCUGCAGGGGCAGUACCAGGCCCAGGUCCGGGACAACGAGCAGCUGAGCCACCUCAACCAGGAGCAGGAGGAGCGGCUGCUGGAGCUGGAGAGGGCCGUGCAGCGCUACAACGAGGAGUCUGCGGACAGGCAGCAGAUCCUGGAGGACAUGCAGAGUGACAAGGCCACCAUCAGCAGGGCCCUGAGCCAAAACCGGGACCUGAAGGAGCAGCUGGCUGAGCUGCAGAAUGGGUUUGUCAAACUGACAAAUGAAAACAUGGAGGUUACAAGUGCCCUACAGACAGAGCAACAUGUAAAGAAGGAGCUGGCCAAGAAGCUCGGGCAGCUGCAGGAGAACCUGGGGGAGCUCAAAGAGACGCUGGAACUGAAGACCCAGGAGGCUCGGGGUCUGCAGGAGCAGCGGGACCAGUACUACAGCCACCUGCAGCAGUACGUGCUGGCGUUCCAGCAGCUGUCUGCUGAGAAGGAGGAGCUGCACAAGCAGUACUUGCUGCAGACCCAGCUUAUGGAUCGGCUCCAGCACGAGGAGGUUCAGGGGAAGGUGACGGUGGAAAUGCACCUGAAAGAGCUGCAGCAGACCAAGGAAAAUCUGGAAGCUGUAGCAAAGGAAAACAAAGAGCUGCAGGCCCAGAUCAGUCAGUUAGCAGCAGACCUGGAUGGCAGGAUUCUGCACCGACUAGAGGGAGAUGGAGUUGAAAGUGAAGCAAUGACUGAAGAAACCCCAAACCCUUCAUUUGUGAUCCCAGAGAGGUUUGAAAGCCACGAAGAAAUGGUUACUUUCCUGACAUCUGCCAUGUCCCAAGUGGAGAAGGAGCGAGAAGACAUGAGGCAGCAGCUGGCAGCUCAGAAACAGCAGUGCAGGAACCUCCUGCAGCAAAUAGCUGCUCUUAGGCAGGAGCAGCAACAUGUCUCCAUGCUGGGUGGAGGUUCCAGUGUGGAUACUGUGCCAGUGGAGGUUCAUGAGGCUUUGAAAACUGCCAUGGAGAAACUACAGUCCCGUUUCACAGAGCUGAUGCAGGAGAAGGCAGAUCUGAAGGAGCGGCUGGAGGAGCUGGAACAUCGCUGCAUCCAGCUCUCCGGGGAGACAGACACCAUCGGGGAGUACAUCGCCUUGUACCAGAGCCAGAGGGCGAUCCUCAAGCAGCGACACCAGGAGAAGGAGGAGUACAUCAGCAGGCUGGCUCAGGACAAGGAAGAGAUGAAGAUCAAGCUCCUGGAACUGCAGGAUUUAGUGAUGCGUCUGGUGAGGGAAAGAAACGAGUGGUACAGCAAGUACGUGGCGGCUGCUCAGAGCCCAGAGCUGCUGGAGAGCCCCAGCGAGGGCGCGCUGCCGGCGGAGCGGCGCCUGGGGCCCAGCGCCCCCGAGGGGGAAGGGUUACGAGAAGUGAACCUGGCAGAUGAAGCGGAAGAGGCUGCUGUUCAUCAUCAAUCCAGUUUCUCCUCUAUUGACAGUAAAGCUGCUCAGCCAAGCCAAGAGGACCCCACAGCAAAGCAAAUAAUGCAGCUUCUCAGAGAAAUCCAGAACCCUCAGGAGAGGCUGGGCUCCCUGCUGGAAAACCCCUGCAUUCCCUUCUUCUACCGUGCUGAUGAGAACGAUGAGGUCAAAAUCAUGGUAGUUUAA